AUGGACGAUGGCUUGAUUGAAUAUCCAACUGGAUUUGGGUUAAAGGACAUGGUUGCUUAUGGGAACACUGGCAUGGUCUGCCUUGACGCUGCGUCGGAGACUGUUAUCAAAACCCCGCAUGACGCAACGCAUGCCGACUCCCUUCAGGUGGAAAGGCGCAUCUACGAGCGAUUCGAAGAACGCGGUGGCCAUGAUGGACUUUUGCGAUAUCACGGGCCUUUUGAUAGAUUUGGUAUACGCCUUGAGUACGCACCUGGAUUCAAUCUCUGUUCAACCCUUUCCAAUCGUAUGGACAUUUGUUCUACCCAAAGAUUCCGUUGGGUGCAGCAAAUAACAGAUGCACUUUCUUUUGUACACUCAGUUAAUGUUAUUCAUGGAGACCUUACCUGCAGUAAUGUUUUCUUGACAAAAGAACUAAAUGCUAAGCUAGGAGACUUUGGAGGGUCCUCACUCGACGGAUCCAAUCUGCUGGUUGCAGUGACCGAAAGCCACCGGUACCCGGGAGUGUUAUUAUCAACACAUGCCGACAUUUUUGCUCUCGGUUCCGUGAUCUAUCACAUCAUGACAGGAACCGCUCCAUACCAUGGUCGUUCAGAUGAACAAAUUGACGCUCUAUUUCAAAAAGGCGAGUUUCCCAGCACUACCUCGCUUGGGCCCAUUGGGCAAGUGAUCACGAAGUGCUGGCAGGCAAAGUACGAAAGUGCUGAGGACGUAAGCAAUGAUAUUAAAGCAAUCAUCUCCGAUCGAAAACCCAAUUGGACAAGAACACUACAUCCUUCGUCACCCCCCUUCUUCUUCCUCGCGAUAGUAAUCGUUACGGUUUUUCUUGCUAAGACGUCAGCGCGGUCUAGAUUAGGUUGGAAGUAA